AUUCAUUCAAAAGAAAAAAAGGGUAUAAAGAAAAGAGUUAACCAAUGAAAAAGCAUUUCUCUUAUUUUUUUUUUCUUUUAAUUUACAAUAAUAAACAAAGAACAAAAUCUAAGUUGUAUUGUAUAUAUGGAAGAGCAUUAUAUUAAAUAUAAUAUAUGUCGUCCAAAUCCAAAUCCAAGGAAUCACGUGCAGAUCACUCUUACGUUACUGGGUUGGUUCAUUUAAUGGGCCGGGCCCACUACCAGUCAGUGAAACUGGACCGUCCAAUAAUGACUCAGAAUAUACGUAGUUUUAUACUCUCAGAAAAUACGUAUAACCAAGGUUAAUGAUGAGAGAGAGAAACAACAAAGCAAACCAGUGAAGAAGAGGAGACAAGUAUUUGAGAAGCCUUUGCUCUUGUGAACUCUAAGCCACAAUCUUUGAUACAUUUUCUGAUUUUAGAGAAAGAAAACACAUAUACAAAAGGGUUUCUUUUUUUCUUUAUUUCCUCCGCAUUUGAAGGCUCUCUCAAACAAAAUACCAGAAAUGGCCAGAUGAAGAACAUGUAUGCAUGAUUAUCUAAUGGCUGAAUCCGAUUCAGAGUCCGAUGCCCAGUCAGAUGUGUCGAGCCUGAGGCAUAUAAGCAGCUCACUUUUCAAUAUCCCUGGUUUCUUUGUAGGGUUUGGAACUAAAGGUUCAUCCGAAUCUGAUUCAAUCAGGAGUCCUACUUCUCCUCUUGAUAUUGGAGUUUUUUCAAACUUGAGGAAUCCUGUAAGUCUUCGAUAUACUCGAUCAUCAUCUGAAAAUGGACAUAAAAAGAAGUGGAAUUGCAGUAAAGUAGUAGGCCUUGGCAUUGUCAAUUCACUUGUUGAUAAUACAACAGGUGGUGGUCUUGAUAUACCAAAGCAGAAGAACAUACUUUUCGGACCCCAAGUUAAGACUAGUACCACUAAUUCCUUGAAACUUUACCAUGGUUCGCUCGAUUCUUCGUUGAAAUCCAAGUCACUGCCAACAAACUACAUUGCUUCAAGGCUUUCUGAAACCAAGUAUCCUAGUCCCCAUUUGGUUAGCAGCAGUGUUGCCUUUGAUAAUGAAAUUCCAUUAAAGCCUGAACCAUUAGAAAAUACUCAACUAUGUUUCUCGGAUUCAACUAUUCCUUCUUCACUGGUCAGCUUGACCUACAAUCACAACUUGAGGUCUGAAAACUUCUGUCCAGAAGUUAAAACUAGAAUGAGUUCACCAUCAGUAAUUGGCUCAACAAGUUCAGAAGUGAAAAAUUCUUUGGAUAUCAAAACAAGUACUCUUCCAAUACCUAUUGAGCCCAGCCAGGGAUUUGUGGGCUCUCUUUCUAAGAAGGAGAUAGAAUUGUCUGAAGACUAUACAUGUAUAAUUUCCCAUGGUCCAAAUCCCAAAACAAUUCAUAUCUUUGGUGACUGUGUUUUAGAAUGUCACACAAAUGAGAUAAACAAUUUUGGCAUGAAGGAAGAACUGGGAGUCAAAUCACCUCAAGAAGCUAAUAACUCGGAGGGAUUAGCCCCUAUUCCUUCUGAUGAAGUUUUGAAAUUUUGUCACUCCUGCAAGAAAAGGCUGGAAACUGAUGAAGACAUUUACAUGAGCAGAGGUGAGCAAGCCUUUUGCAGUUUUGAUUGCUGCCCCGAGGAGAUAUUGGAAGAAGAAGCGGAGAGAAGUUACCAUAAUUCUGCAGGAAGCUCUCCUGGUUCAAGCUUCCACGAAGAUGUCUUCUUGUUGGGCAUGCCCGUUGCCAUGUGAUGGAUCAUCGACAAUGCUUUUUUCAGGUUUCUAGAUCGUCCGUUGAUAAGAAGUGCUGUCUGUGUGAUUUUGUUAGCAGCCAUGGAUGAUCAAAAAGCAUUUUGUUGUUUUGUUUUUUGCUUGUUAUGUCUCCGUUUUCAAAUAUUAUUGAUACUGUUAAGUUAUGAGUAGUUGCAGUAGUAGCAUAGAGUAUCUCUAUAUGGAUAUGAUGAGACUCAGACCAUUUUGCUAUCUUAUAAUUUUGUUAAGAUGGGUUGCAAGUGGCUAUAGAAAGCCCUGGCUCUUCGGUUUUUCGUUCGUUUUUCCUGGCCUCCUACUGUUGGUUAGGAGUUGAUGUAGAAGUUUUUGAACCUGAUGAGCUUAUUAUAUAAUGCAUGAGCAUAUUCAAUAA